AUGGUAGUGGCAGUGCCCCUUCUGAACGUGUAUCAUGACAAACAGGAAGUGACCAGUAACUUCCUGGGCGCCAUGUGGCUCAUCUCCAUCACCUUCCUGUCCAUCGGAUACGGAGACAUGGUACCACAUACUUACUGUGGCAAAGGCGUGUGUCUGCUGACCGGCAUCAUGGGAGCGGGCUGCACGGCUCUGGUGGUGGCUGUCGUGGCCCGGAAACUGGAGCUGACGAAGGCUGAGAAACACGUCCACAACUUCAUGAUGGACACACAACUCUGCAAACGAGUCAAGAACACAGCUGCCAAUGUACUCAGGGAAACAUGGCUCAUCUACAAACACACAAAGCUGGUGAAGAAGAUCGACCACGCCAAGGUGCGCAAACACCAGCGCAAGUUCCUCCAAGCCAUUCACCAAUUGCGCAGCGUGAAGAUGGAGCAGCGGAAACUCAACGACCAGGCCAACACCUUGGUGGACUUGGCAAAGGUAAACCGCUGA